CUUCUGCAAGGUGCUUUCAAUUCCACAUCCCCAGUUGGAAAUGACUAGAGAGCGACUGCGUAAAUUGCACGUCAGUAACCUUGCUUUAAGGUUCGGAACAAAAUGCCGCUAUACAAUUGUGUGGAUUAACCGAUUUUUAUAACCUACGUGACAAAAUUCCAGUUGAUUCCCAUGCCUUGAGAGGUGCAGCGAUGGCAGGCCUGGGGCAGCAGCAGGGCGAGCUGACGGAGUACAAGAAGAGCCAGGUCAAGCGCGACCUGGAGAUGGGCAUUGUCAUGACCGUCUUCCGUCAGAAGAUGGAGCGGCUCACUGUGCAGGUCAUCAUGGAGACCAAACAGGUGGCGUGGACCCGCACGGCGGACAAAAUCGAUGGAGUCUUGGAUCUGUCAGAGAUUCGAGAGGUUCGACGUGGCAGAAACUCCAAGGAUUUUGAGCGCUUUAAGGACUCCAAGUGCAAGCAUGACGACAACACCUGCUUUACAAUCUUCUAUGGGUCUCAGUUUGUGCUGAAUACCCUGAGUCUAGGAGCUGACACUAUGGCAGAAGCAGAUAAGUGGCUGAUAGGUUUGGAACUGCUGAGGGAGGAGGCACUGGUGGCUCCCACACCAGACAUUAUAGAAAGCUGGUUGAGGAAACAGAUGUACUCAGUUGAUCAGACGAAGAGGAACAGAGUCACACUGAAGGAGCUCAAAUCUCUUCUGCCGCAAGUCAACAUGAAGGUCCCCGGCUCGCGAUUCCUGAAGGAACGAUUUGCGGAGGUCGCAGCAAAGAAAGAUGUUUUGGACUUUGAGCAGUUUCAUAAAUUCUACAAUUAUUUAAUGUUUGAAAAUCAGAAGAGUAUUCUGGAUGAGUUUAAAAAGGAGUCCUGUGCAUUCAUUAUGGGGAACACGGAUAGACCAGACUCCUCUGCCGUUCUGCUCUAUGAUUUCCAGCGCUUCCUUCAGCUCCAGCAGAAGGAGACCUGGGCGUAUAACUUAAAUCAGGUGAGGGAGCUGAUGACCACUUUCAUAGAUGACACCAUGAGGAAGACCAAUGACCCAGAGUUUACUGUUGGAGAGUUCCUCAAUUUCCUCUUCUCCAAAGAGAACUCCAUCUGGGAUGAGAAAUUUUCGGAAGUGAACACCCUGGAUAUGAACAACCCUUUAUCUCACUACUGGAUCAACUCCUCCCACAACACGUACCUGACUGGUGAUCAGAUACGUAGCGAGUCGUCCACAGAAGCCUAUGUGCGCUGCCUUAGACUGGGCUGCCGCUGCAUUGAGUUGGACUGCUGGGAUAGUCCAGACUACCCCAUCAUAUACCAUGGCUGGACGAGAACAACCAAGAUCAAGUUCGAGGACGUGGUCAAGGCCAUCAAUGAGCAUGCCUUUGUGACCUCAGAAUACCCCGUGAUCCUGUCUAUCGAGGAGCACUGUAACUUGGAGAACCAGAGACAAAUGGCGUCCAUCUUUAAGAAGGAGUUUGGGGACAAGCUUCUGACGGAACCGGUGGAAGAGUAUGCCGAGCAGCUGCCCUCCCCGACACAGCUCAAGGGCAAGAUCAUCCUCAAGCACAAGAAGCUGAGCUUGGAUGGCACCCUGGGAAGGAAGGACAUGCGUAAAGGAGAGAAGCAAGGAGAUCUCCUCAUCUGGGACCCUGUAGAUCAGAAAUGGAAUCGACACUUCUGCGUUAUCUCAGAUGACAAGCUCUACUACGCCGAAGAGUACGAGCAAGAGGAAGAAAUGGUGACAGUUGGCCAGGCGUUUGCGGACCAGCACGUCUCUGAGCCCUGGUUCCACGGGCGCAUGUCUGAGGGUCGGCAGACGGCUGAACGCCUCCUGCAGGAGUUCUGUGCCGAGUCCGGUGGGAAGGACGGGACUUUCCUCGUGCGAGAGAGCGACACCUUCCUCACCGACUUCACCCUCUCUUUCUGGCGAAGUGGGAGAGUGCAGCACUGCCGGAUCCGCUCAGGCACUCAGGACAGCCACCUGUACUACUUCCUCACGGACAACCUGCACUUUCCCAGUGUGUAUGCACUUAUACUGCACUACAAGGACAACCCACUCCGCUGCAUGGACUUUCACCUGCGCCUCACCGAUGCUGUCCCACGGCCCAACCAGCACCUGCUGCAGGGGUGGUUCUACGAUAACCUGAGCCGGGGAGAGGCCGAGGAUUCCCUGAUGAGGAUCCCGCGGGAUGGAGCCUUCCUCAUCCGCCAGAGAGAAGAUCAUGACUCCUACGCCAUCACCUUCAGGGGGGAUGGUAAGGUGAAGCACUGCCGUAUCCAGAAAGAGGGCUCCAUGUACGUGCUGGGGUCCUCCUCUGAUUUUGAGAGCCUGGUGGAGCUGGUGGACUACUUCCGGAAGUUUCCUUUGUACCGCAAGAUCAAACUACGCUACCCGGUGACCCGAGAGAUGGUGGAGAGAUUCAGCAAGGAGCGGGACUGUGGUUCCAUUUACGAUAUGAAGAUGUACGUGGAGCCAAAUGAAAUUGAGCCUGCAACGCCCCAGAGCACAGUGAAAGCGCUGUAUGAUUACAGAGCCACCAGGGCUGAUGAGCUCACCUUCUGCAAAGGAGCUCUGAUCCAUAAUGUGAUCAAAGAUCCCCAAGGAUGGUGGAAAGGAGAUUACGGGGGAAAGAUCCAGCUGUUCUUCCCUGCCAACUAUGUGGAGGAGGUGACAAGUAAUACCAAGCCUGAAUUCCGUGACCAAGCGAUGGAGGAUAACCCGCUUGGUGACUUGUGCAUGGGGCUGGUGGACCUCUCCAGGUGCAAUGUCGUGAGGUCCUCUAAGAACGGUAUGAGCAAUGUGUUGAGCGUGUCACUGAAUGAUGAGCAGGAGGGCAGUCAGCAGUACGACUUUGCCACUGAGACUGUGGAGGAGCUGUUUGAAUGGUAUCAGGUGGCAUGGCAUAUCACUCAGCACAAGAUCAACAAAGAUUAUGAGAUCCAGCAGAAGAAAGAGAUCGAGACCAAAGACGUGGUGGCCAUCGAGAUGUCUGACCUAGUGGUCUACUGUCAGCCUCGCAGCAAAGAUAAGGACCGCUUUGUGAGGUACACAUUUACGGAGAUCCGCUCGUUCGUGGAGAACAAGACUCCUGCUAAGAGCAAGUCCAAGGAGUUCCUCAAGUACAACUGCAAGGCCCUGAGCCGCAUCUACCCCAAAGGCCAGCGCAUGGACUCCUCCAACUAUGACCCCUACCCGCUGUGGCUAUGCGGCUGCCACAUGGUGUCGCUCAACUUCCAGACAGCAGAUAAGUACACACAGCUGAACAGUGCCCUCUUCAGUUUGAACGGGCACACUGGCUAUGUACUGCAGCCAGAAAUGAUGAGGGCGGAGGACUACGACCCCCAGCACAAAACCGAAGUGAAGUUCACUAUCACAGUGCGGGUGAUUGCUGCCAGACACCUGCCCAAGCUAGGGCGCAGCAUCGUCAGCCCCUUCGUGGAGAUCGAGCUGUGCGGCCAGACCGACGAGAGCAAGUUCAAGACUACCGUCUGCCAUGAUAAUGGACUGAGCCCAGUGUGGCCAGCCCCUCCUGACCUGGUCACCUUCACCGUCCACGAGCCCGAGCUCACCUUCCUGCGAUUUGUGGUGAACGAGGAGGACAUGUUCUCCGACCCCAACUUCCUGGCCCAGGCCACAUUCCCCGUCAAAGGAAUCCGCUCAGGCUACCGCUCGGUUCCUCUGAAGAACGGCUUCAACGAAUCCAUAGAAUUGGCAAGUCUACUGGUGUACGUUGAUAUCCAGCUGGUGGAGAAAGCAGAGGAGGAGCUUUACUCGUCCUCCAACCAGUUGCGUAAGAGGCAGACGGAGCUAAGCAACGAGCUCUUCCUGUAUGACACGCACACCAACCUGCAGCGCUCAGCGCCCCAGCGCCGUGACGACCUCAUCCGGGAGAUCGGCACCAACGAGAGGCAGCUGCUGAAGAUCCAGGACACUUGCAAACAGAAAAUUAAAGAGAAGAAAAUCAACAACAGCAAGUUCUACUCCUGAGAGAACGCCAAGCCUCCUGUUGCUCUCUCCGGAACACACACAUACACUCACAAAACAUUGCAUGAUAUAACAAGGUACGUGUAUUGGUGCGUUUUAGCUGUUUUGAGGAAGAAGAAACAAGUCAAUGUUGGAGCCAAAUGCAGAAAACUGCGCAUUUUCACCCCAGCCACAAAAUGUUCUUUGACAUUUUUUUUCCAAGAACCCGCCAUCUGCUAUGUACCUGCCACCUAACUUGCAUUACACACAACUGUUCACUACUGGGAUCAUUUAAUUUAAUACUCUGCAGAUCUGACUGCACUUAUCAGACGUUCUCUUAAUGAGCUCAACACAUCAGUCAGCCAACAGUUACAUUUCAGUCAGGUUCAGUUGAGAGCACUCAGAGCAGGGCAUCAUGGAUGAUUUUCAGCGCAGGGAAGGCCAAGGAGCUAGAUUGGAGUACCAUGGAUUUAAUGAGCCCGUUACAUUGCACCUGGAUGAGUCAUGCUCAUGUACAGUGCUUUCAGAAAGUUUUCAGACCCUUUUAGUUUUCCACAUUUUGUUUCAGACUCAUCUUAAAAUUAAUUUAUUUUUCUUAUCAAUCUACACACAAUACUCCACAAUGUUGUAGGUAUUUGGAGUGUUUUGUUAUGAAAAUGUGGAAAAAAUACUUGCACUGUACUGUACAUGAGUGUAAAUUCAGCUGAGGUCAAACUGUAUAUGAAGGUUAAGCUUAAAGGAAUUAUUUCAGACUUUUAGAGAAUAUAGAAUCGCAUGUGUUGCUGACAGACAGCAGUUCAGGAGCUAGAUAAUGUACAUAGGAAUCCUCAUUUCCAGCCUGUUGAAAGGACGUUUGCUUUAUAAAAUAUGCAAGGAUAAGUCACAAACAACAGGGAGACUUGUGAUGGAAUGUCAUUUGUGUUUAUUAAGAUGUAAUGUGUCUUAUUUGUAUGCGGAAUAGUAAUAAUUAUCAUCCUUAUAAUAAUAAUGUAAUUCUGUCUAACAGAUAUUGUAUGACUUGGUGUGAAUAAAGAUGAAUGGCUUUAGUUGCACUCUGUUUAACUCUGAUAGCCGUGUGUGAAAAUAAACUUGUUCACUGUU